AUGCUGUUGCUCCCUUCGCCUCUCUCUUGCUCCUGGUGUGUCAGUGCUGUUGCUCCCUUCGCCUCUCUCUUGCUCCUGGUGUGUCAAUGCUGUUACUCCCUUCGCCUCUCUCUUGCUCCUGGUGUGUCAGUGCUGUUGCUCCCUUCGCCUCUCCCUUGCUCCUGGUGUGUCAAUGCUGUUGCUCCCUUCGCCUCUCUCUUGCUCCUGGUGUGUCAAUGCUGUUGCUCCCUUCGCCUCUCUCUUGCUCCUGGUGUGUCAGUGCUGUUGCUCCCUUCGCCUCUCUCUUGCUCCUGGUGUGUCAAUGCUGUUACUCCCUUCGCCUCUCUCUUGCUCCUGGUGUGUCAAUGCUGUUGCUCCCUUCGCCUCUCUCUUGCUCCUGGUGUGUCAAUGCUGUUACUCCCUUCGCCUCUCUCUUGCUCCUGGUGUGUCAAUGCUGUUGCUCCCUUCGCCUCUCUCUUGCUCCUGGUGUGUCAGUGCUGUUACUCCCUUCGCCUCUCUCUUGCUCCUGGUGUGUCAGUGCUGUUGCUCCCUUCGCCUCUCUCUUGCUCCUGGUGUGUCAAUGCUGUUGCUCCCUUCGCCUCUCUCUUGCUCCUGGUGUGUCAGUGCUGUUGCUCCCUUCGCCUCUCUCUUGCUCCUGGUGUGUCAAUGCUGUUGCUCCCUUCGCCUCUCUCUUGCUCCUGGUGUGUCAAUGCUGUUGCUCCCUUCGCCUCUCUCUUGCUCCUGGUGUGUCAGUGCUGUUGCUCCCUUCGCCUCUCUCUUGCUCCUGGUGUGUCAGUGCUGUUGCUCCCUUCGCCUCUCUCUUGCUCCUGGUGUGUCGGUGCUGUUGCUCCCAGUGAAAGAGCUCAUCUGAAAACAUUUCAAGGUCUGACACAAAUUUCUGCCAACAGUGAAUACCAUCUGGGUUAACUCUCAGAAGCCCAGCCCUUGUGCACAGCCUAAAAUACACUUCAUCUUGUUUUCUACUGACUUCUCUCUCUCGCUCUCUCUCUCUCUCUCUCUCUCUCUCU